AUUGGGCGACGCCUCUGCUGCGAUUUUGAAGCUUCAGGCGCAGCAGGAUCGCACUGAGGGGCAGGUGAAAGAAUUACAUGAAAUGGUGAAUGGUUUAACAAGAAUGAUUGAAGCCGAAAGACGGAACAACACCAAACUUAACCACAUAGAAACUCUGGUGACUAAUCUACAACAGACCCUUCAGUCGCAGUCGUCUCUCGUGCUGAAACUUUCUGGACAACAACAGGGUCUUUCAACCGAUCUCCAACUGACAAAAGACGAAAACAAACGCCUUGCAGCCGAUCUCAAGACUGCAAAACUGAUGCUGAACGAAAUGCGGAACAAAACAGAGACAGACAAGAUAGCCUUUGCCGUUGGACGGUCGAAGUCGCAAAACCUGGUGGCAUCAACUACAGACAUCAAAAUCACGUUUGACAAGAUUUUCAGUAACCACGGAAGCAACUUCGACGCUGCCAAUUCCUUGUUCCGCGCGCCAGUUGACGGUGCCUACAUGUUCACCAUGACAAUGCUGUCCAACCAUGGUUCCGCAGGCCGCGUGUAUCUUAUUCGCAAUGGUGCAUACGAAACAGAAAUGUUUGGGUAUGAUACUGUCGACGCUGCAACCGGAACCAACCAAGUUAUCCUCGAUUUGAAGGCUGGAGACGAGGUUUGGCUGAAGUUAGCGAAAGGACAUGCCAUACACGGAAAUGGAGCUAGUGUGUACUUCACUUUUACCGGUCAUUUGCUUUUCACGAUUUAG